UCUCAGGCAGAGAUCCUACUUGAAAGCUAUUUCCCCAAGAAUAUUUCAGAGCUGGACAAGUUCUUGAAGGACCCAUCUCUGAAUGAGGCUGAUUUGAGUAUCCUAAAGGCUCCCCUGGACAUUCCAGUUCCUGACCCAGCCAAAGAAAAAGAAAAUGAAGAGCAUCAGAAACAAGAAAAGGAGGAUAAAGAUGGAAAGAUAAAAGAAGACGAUGAAGAUAUAGGUCCUCUUUGUGGGCCUGUGAGCUGCAAUUAGAAGAUUGUGGCCCUUCUGGGGUGCUUAAAGCCUGAGGUCAAAGAUAUGAAAGGACAGCUCAACCUGGUCUCCAUGUGGCUGCAGCUACAGGUGCCUCAAAUUGAGGAUGGAAACAACAUUGGAGCAGCUGUCCAGGAGAAGGUAUUUGAGCUGAUGACUUCACUCAGAACUAAGCUGGAUGGCUUCCACACCCAGAUCUCAAAGUACUUCUCUGAAAGAGGUGAUGCAGUGGCUAAAGCAGCCAAGCAACCACAUGUGGGUGACUACCAACAGCUGGUUCAUGAACUGGACGAAGCACAGUAUGGAGAGACAAGACUGAUGGUCAUGGCGAUCCGAAAUACUUAUGCUGUAUUAUAUGACAUCAUCCUGAAGAACUUUGAGAAGAUCAAGAAGCCCAGGGGAGACACAAAGGGAAUGAUCUACUGA